UUAACCAACCAUUUCUUAGGAGCUGGGGCUGCCCACAGACUCAACUACAAGGGUUUCUAGCUUGCACCUGAGGGUUGGCGGGUUCUGCGGCGCACGUGCGGCGUAUAUCCCCACCCCCUUGGGAGGCGGAGUCGUGCUCAGAGCCAAUGAGAAGUUAGGGAGGUGGAGGGGCUGGGAAGCUUCCAGAUGUAGAUAGGUUAUAUAGGGGGCACCAGCGGACCAACCCGAGAGCCAUGCAGUCCAAGCGCGAGUGUGAGCUGUGGUGUGAGAGGGUGAAUCCAGAGAACAAGGCGGCGCUGGAGGCCUGGGUCAGGGAGACUGGCAUCCGCUUGGUGCAAGUAAACGGGCAGAGGAAGUAUGGCGGGCCACCCCCAGGUUGGGUGGGCAGCCCGCCACCUCCCGGGUCGGAGGUGUUUAUCGGGCGGCUGCCCCAAGACGUGUACGAGCACCAGCUGAUCCCACUGUUCCAGCGAGUGGGCCGCCUCUACGAGUUCCGCCUGAUGAUGACUUUCAGCGGCCUGAACCGUGGCUUCGCCUACGCCCGCUACAGCUCGCGGCGGGGCGCCCAGGCCGCCAUCGCCACACUGCACAAUCACCCGCUGCGGCCCUCCUGCCCGCUGCUCGUGUGCCGCAGUACGGAGAAGUGUGAGCUGAGUGUGGACGGGCUGCCGCCGGCUCUGAGCCACCGUGCGCUGCUGCUUGCGUUGCAGCCGCUGAGUCCCGGCCUGCAGGAGGCGCUGCUGCUGCCGAGCCCCGGACCGGCUCUCGCGCAGAUCGCGCUGCUCAAGUUCAGCUCGCACCGUGCAGCCGCCAUGGCCAAAAAGGCCCUGAUGGAAGGGCAGUCACACCUGUGUGGAGAGCAGGUGGCAGUGGAGUGGCUCAAGCCAGACCUCAAGCAGCGACUCCGCCAGCAGCUCGUGGGUCCUUCACUGAGGUGCCUACAGCCAGAGGGCAGCCGAUUGGCCCUGGCCAGGGACAAGCUCGAGUCCCAAGGGGCUCGGGCUGCCCUGCAGCUGCUGUGCCAACGGAUGAAGCUGGGUAGCCCAGUGUUCCUCACUAAGUGCUUGGGCACAGGCCCUUCUGGCUGGCACCACUUCUGGUACCAGGUGGUGAUCCCUGGGCAUCCAGUGCCCUUCAGUGGCCUCAUCUGGGUUGUGCUGGCCUCUGAUGGGCAGGAUGGGCAUGAGGUGGCCAAAGAUGCCGUGUCUGCACGGCUGCUGGAGUCACUGAGUGAGUCUGGGGCCAGCCUCCUGUGGUCUCCUGGGGCUGAGGCAGUUACCUUGGUUAAACAGUGACCCCAUCCUCUCCACAGGCAGCCAGAAUGAGUAGGCAGAGCCUGUGUUAGUCCCCAACCCAGCAGGCCUGGGCAGCCACCAUCUGAUCCCCAACGGGGUAGGAGCAUGGGCCCUGCCCUAUGCCUAACAGAGCCUCCCAGCUGGAGCAGAGCCCCAGCACACCAGGGGGCAGCUCAGGUUUCGCUAAGUUGUGGUGAGGGACCUUGCCCUCCCUCUCCCAGCCCAGGGUCUCACCUGAUCCCAUGGUUUUCUUGGUCUUUCUCUGUGUGACACACACACAUACACUCCUCCUACAGCUUAGCAUGAACCUUCGCUUGUUUCCUUGAUUUAUCUUUGUUGAUUUUUAUUUGGGGUUGGCUGAGCCAAAGGGUCAAAAAUAUGCCUUUUGCCCCCACGACUUGGCAUUCUGGUUUUGGUGUAUGUAGAUUGUUGAGUAUUUCUGUGCUGGUUGUAUUUAUAUUAAACCCCUGGUUGGU